AUUGCGCUCACCUUCGCUCGUAUAAAAAGGUGUCGUGUGAUGUCUUUCCCCACGUCCUGGCUGUCGAAUCACCUUGGGACUUCGACACUGGUAAUUGUUUGAUAUCAUUCCAUUCGGGUCGGGUCACAAGGUGCCGACCUCCCAUAACAACGGAGCUUCGCUUCUAAAGACUCCAUCCAUACUUUUCAUGACGCAGCCUGACCUCACUUACGACCCACCACCUUUCAAAGGCGCAGGAGCCAGAACGUGGAGUUGUCCACGCAGCGUAACGAAGAUCCGUAUGGGAUCCUCUCAUUGUAUCCAUCGCCAAAUGCCCAAUUGCAUGUCCGAAGCCGAUAUUUCCGAAGGCCUCACAAACGUCUAUGGCUCCUUUACCGCUACUAUCCCUGCCGCGGAUUGGAUGCGUGCCUCCCUGAAAAUGAACAUACCCGCCACGGGAGAGCAAAGAUACACUGGAAUUCACUGGGACAACGAUACCCCCCCUGAUUCGCCGUUGUCUCUCAGUCAUACGGAUUCCUGUAGGAGCCCGUCCAUCAGCCGCAUGUCAUUGCCACCAGACUCUCCCUGGAGCGACUUUCAUGGGAACCUCCCUUCACCUCCGGCCGAGACUCAGAAACUUCAUCCGGUGCUAGAGGCGCUGGAGAAGAAAUCUAAACUUUCUUGCAGCUCACAGUGCUCCACGUGCUUGAAACCCGGCAGAGACUUUCCGCGUUGCGGGCGCUGUGGACAGAUGUGGUGCUCCCGUGGAUGUAGGUUGCAAGGAGGCAAAAAGCACGUUUGCCCUUCCCGUAGGAACUAAUCCUGUGCAGAUUACACAACUUGUAUCUUUGGUCCCAACAAAACG